AUGUUUUCAGUACUCGUUGUUCUCGCAGCCGCUGGCUCGGCUGCUGCAUCAUUUUCUGGCAAAGCUACUUUCUAUGGCGGCAAUACCAAAGGUGGAAUGUGCUCUUUCAGCACAUACACUCUUCCUCAGGGUAUAUAUGGAACGGCACUUUCAGACAGCAAUUGGGCUGGGAGCGAAGCAUGUGGCGGAUGUGUUCAGGUUACCGGACCAAACGGCAAGAAAAUCACUGCUAUGGUUACUGAUCAAUGCCCCGGCUGUGGCGCGAACCAUCUCGAUCUGUACUCCGACGCAUUCUCCAAGCUUGCGGACCCAAGCAAAGGCAUCAUUGAUGUGACUUGGGACUAUGUCGAGUGUCCGAUCUCUAAACCACUACAAGUUCACAUGAAAUCUGGCGUCUCUGCCAAUUGGUUCUCUGCUCAGGUCGUGAAUGCCAACAAGCGCAUAGCAGAACUGGAAUACAGCACGGAUGGUGGCAAGACCUGGAAGGGCGGACUUUCCCGACAGCCAUAUAAUUUCUUCCAGCUCUCCUCCGGCACCGGAACAAACAUAGUGGCGGUCAGGGCUGAGAGCGUUGAUGGCGACAGAGUCGUCGUGAAGGAUGUCAAGGUGACGAGCGACAACUUGGUCACUGGGCAAGCCAAUUUCCAAGCGCGAGAAAUUCAGUCCGACGUGCAAUGGUAG